CGUCUUUCUUUUGAAACGCCUAGGGUUUCUUCUCUCUCUAUAUUCAGUGCGAUUCAAACUUCACAAACCCUAACCCCCUUUAAAAAUCACCACCGCCAAGAACAACCCGCUCCUUUCAUUCGCAUACUAGGGUUUCCAACUUUUAGCGUCUUCUCCAAGCUUCCUCUCUCAAUCUCAAACGUCUGACAAGGUAUCUUCAUUAGGCAUCUUCAUGAUCAACACCGUUUCUUCUCAAUUGAUGGAGAAUACAUGUUCUUAUUGCUACCAUAUAAUCCGUGCUAGCAAUCAGAUCUACACAGGUAUGGUUCAUAUUUUUUUACUUUAUUUUUCAAAUUGUUUUUCUAUGUUAUAUAACCAGCCGGUUUUAGGGUUUUUAAGGCUUAUUGCAACAGGUGAAAUCUCACGCUCGAUUUAUAAAGGUUCGGUGUUAUCACUUAUCUCAAAUACAUUUUUGUAGUCGGCUUCAAAGAUCUUCAGCAUAAUGAUUCUAGCAAGUUUCAAUUUUAGGGUUAAUUGCUAACUAGGGUUAGUUAAAUGUUUUGAUUUUUAUUCGUUUUCUCUGAUGCAUAUACCUGAUGAAAAUAGGGUACCUAAAACUAUAUCAGCAUUCUGAGUGUGUUUAAUGUUAUAACUAAGUAUUGGAUGUAACAUGAGACCACUUGAGUAAUCGUUUAACUAAUUAAUAUAGCUUGUAUUUGUGAACACAGUUGAAGAUAGUUUUGAUACUCAGAUUGGAGACUAAUAUCACUUAAAGGGCACUUUCCUUUUUAUGUAAAAAAAAAUAUAUAUAUACAUGACUACUGGGAAAAGUUGAUUAAACUUUAACACAACAAAAAGCAAGUGCAACCAACAAUCGGUUACCACACCUAUUUAACUGCAUAUUAGUACUUCAUAGGUUUCGGUAUGUCUUAUAUGAUCUAAAUAUUGAUUUUAAUUAUUUUUUACUCACCUAUAAUGUAAUGGAUUAGAAAAAGAUUGCUUUCAUUAGUGAGUUUGAUGUAUUAAAAAAUAUCAUCAAAAUAUAAACAUUAUUUGACAAUAUUAUAUAAUAAUGUUCAAAAGUUCUAAAACUUAAUGUUUCAAAUACCAAAGACUUUAAAUCUUUGACUUUUUAUUCGGGUUAUGAAUUUCGGGUUGGGUUGUUUGGGUUUUUGGCUGGGAAAAAGUGACUCGAUAACCGACCCAUUUAAGAUUUGGGUUUGAGUGGCUUUGAAUUUGGAUAAAAUGGAUGCUUGUUUUCUUUGAAAUCAUCUUUAAUGUAAUGUCCUGAUGACUUCAAAGUUUUAAAAGUCCCAUGUUUAAAUUGGGUGGAUUGAUUAAAAAACCUAAUCAUGAAAAUAUAAUUGUUUGUUUUCAUUGGCUCUAUCUUUGUUUGAUAGUUGGUUUUAUAAUAUCCCAUUGUUAGAAAUUUUUUUUAAUAAACAUUGGUUAUAAGGAUAUGAUUUAUAGUUGGAAUCUUUUUGACGCUGAUCCAAGUAAAAAAAAGGUGUUUUGUAUGUGGCAUUAUAAACAGCUUGGAUAUGUUAAUAUUAAACUUAUAAUCGUUUUUGUCAUUUAUUUCACAACGUAUUAUUUUGUUUGCCUUGGGAAGUUUAUGGGUAUUAUUUUGAAUCGGGUAAAAUUUGGAGUGGCUGCUAUUGUUGAUAAGGACUGAUUAGUCUUGGGCAGAUCUGUUCAUUUACCUGUUAUAGGUCGUAUGCGUCAAUUCUUGCGUUGAUCAGGUAAAUUUCCAUAUAGAGGUUGUAUGAAACUUCAACAGAUUAUUAAAAUUUUAAGUAUGAUUAACUUUUAUGAAUUUCAUAGAUUGAAAAUGUUCAGAUCAUUCAACCAUGACUUAGAUUUGUUAAUAUUUUAUUAUUUUGGUGUUUAUUCUGUUAAAUCCUAACCAUUUUAACUUCUUUGUUGUACAAAUAAAAGAUCUAUACUGUAUUUUGAAGUAUUACUAUAAUAAUUACUAUAUUUGAAUUUUAGGUUACUACUUUAUUAUAUAAUACACGUAUAGAAUUUUUGUAAUAGACCUAUAGAAUUUGAUUCCUUAAAGCUUACUUUAUAAGCUUAAUUAAUCCAAUCUUCAAUAGCAGGAUCAAACAAUACUAUCGUUUAGUUGUAGGUUCAGCAGACAGCACUAGGUCACCUUCAGCAAAAGAUGGUUUAACCAUAUGGGAGUAACAAAUGGUUUAACGCUAUGGGAAUUUCGGAGAUCUGGUAUUUGGAGGCACUCUUGGGAUACCGACUUCACUAAGAGCAACUAAAUGUGGCGUGUUCAAGAGUAAAAAGCAUGGGCAACUUAAAAGUUUUUAAAAUACUUUAAAACAUAUUAUUUAUUCUGCCCCGCGAAGUUCGCGGGUAUUAGCACUAGACUAAUGGGGUGACAUGUGAUCCGUAGCCCAUGUCCUUCUCUGAACGGGAGCACGUUGCUGCUAGGGUCACACAGGAGGAUGAUGACAAAGAUGAGUGGUUCAUCGUCAAAGUAAUUCACUUUGAUAGGGAAACACGAGAUCUAAAAGAGAAUGUCGUCGGAACGCUUUCUUUAAACAUUUUGCUGAGCCGCUACAAGACUGCAAUGCACCUGCUAGCACGCGAUCUAAAAUCAUUUGAAUUGAAGACAACUUUUGAGGAUGUUUUUCCGGCUGAGGCUACAAGCGUUGAAGAAUACUUGCAGCAGGCUCAUGAAAUGGCAAUGGUAUCCGUCGUUCAGGAAGCUCAGAAAGAUAAUCUCAGAAAUUUUAGUGGCUAUAUGAUGGCAGUUUUAGAGGAUGACUGCCAAAAGGAAAAAAAGGGAUUUUCUUCACAGUGUGAGCCGCAUUUCAAACGUAAACGAGUCAAGCUUCGGGGCUAGCUAAUAAGCCAGCCAUAGAUAAAAAGGCUGAAGCAUACGCUGAGGUUGUUAGGACUCUCAGUGAUGCCCGACAACGUGGUUUAACAUUUGAACCGGCUACCGCUUUCAAAAGUGCAUAUGAAAGUCUUGGUUUGGAUUCUUAUGGAGCCAGCUACAAAGUGCGGAUAGCCUCACCAGUGUAAUAUAAAUCCAUAAUGAUAUGAAAAUAGUGAAAUUGAGCUUUAUUCUAAGCCAAUAUAUAUAGGUCAAAUUAGAUAAAAUUGCAAUUAGCGAAGAAUGGGUUCUUCCUUGGCUACUCUUCGUCAACCAUGGGAAAGAAGGGUAUUCUGGUAUUCUGACAUGAGGCACACCGACAGCAACCGCUUUUCUAAUACUAGGAUUCCAAAUAGCAGCCUUGCCUCCGGGUGGAGAAAUACAGUACAAACAAAGCAAGCCAUGAGAGCUGCCGAUUACGAGAGGAUAUUGAAGGUUGUUAACCAAUGGGAGGGCAGUCACACAAACUCUGUGUUGGGGGAAAUUAUCAUCAUCAACAAAUGACACAUAUUCUUGCUUAGAAUCAUCUAAACUUUUAUACCUUACAAGCAGAUGUUGAUGUUGGCUGCUAUAAUGAGCAAUGAAAUCAGAGUUGUGGAUCAGAGACUUCCAUGAUUUGCAGACCGAUCGGAAUCGAAGCAACGAUUUGACAGGAAGCGUAUUCAAGAAUUCCUACUGGAUUUCGAAGGGUCUGUGGUCUGACAUAUUCAGAGUUGAAUUAUUAUGGAAUAUGAAUGAAUUUUAGGGUAUAAACUUCGUAGGGUUUAUAAAAGAUCGGGGGGGGGGGGGGAUUUGGUGUACGAUGAUUUCGGGAAACUUGGAGAUAAAGUUUUUAACCGUGUUGAUCUGUCAACAACCCUACCCAUCAUCCUCACUACCUUAAAAGGCUUUGUUGUACCUAACAAACCUCAUCUCCACACUUCAACUGGCAGUGUUGUUGCUGAUGAAAAAUUGCUUUAAACUCCACCUUUAAAAGGCUUUGUUGUACACACUUCUGCUGCCAUGAAGCUCAUUCCCCCUAUCAAACACCAAAAAACCCAAUCCCAACAAGACACUAGGCUUACUCAACAAAAAUGAUACACUUCGUUUCCUUAUCUCUUCAGUGGGUAGGCUAACCUCCAGCCUUGACAAACAACGCAGAAGCAAUUGCAUCUAUAACAUAUCUUCUAGUCAACCGGGUCAAAUUUUCCUUACAAUAGACCAUAGUCACACAGUUCGUGGUAUGCUCUGUUACGGGAACGGGAUCGGAAUUCACUAGGUCCCUAAAACUCGGUACGAAAGUGGGAAGCUCAUUUCGGAUCAUUCCGGUAUGAUGUACCGUAUAAUGUUGUAUGAUGUACCAGUUAAACUCCAUGCUAUUUUUUUACAUCAAUUUUCAUAAGUAACUUAAAGUCUGAUGUUUAAA